AGAGGUCAAUCACUGCCCGUCUGCCCGAGAAAACAAUUUCAAAAUUUCAAAGUAGUAACGAAUCAAACGGUCGUCUAAUAAAAUAACGUUAAGAUAACCGUAAAAGGACGGAAAAAGAUUCUUACCUUAACCACAAAACAUCCUCUCCUUCUUCUCCUCUUCUGAAUAUUUGGAAACUCUUCGUUAUUCUUCACACUCGUUGAUUUGGAUGGAGGAUUGUUACGAUCCACUUCUAGCAACAACCAAUGCUUCUCUCGAAAGCUUCUCUAGCUAUGAGGAAGCUACUACAGUAUCGAACUCAAUGACUAUGACAAUGGCGGAUCUCGUUGAAAACGGUUUAGAUGUUGAACAAACAAGACCAGGAUUGAUGGAAUCGGAACAAUCUAGUGAUCCCAUAGCGUUAGAUGUUGAACAAUCAAGAGCAGGAUUGAUGGAAUCGGAUCAAUCUAGUGAUCUCAUAGCAUUAGAUGGAAAACUUGUGUUAGGGUUUCCUCUAGCAUCUCCAGAUCUAGUAAAUUGCGGCGGUUCACCUGAUACACCUAGCUAUGGAGAUUCGCCAGACAUUGCUCAGAAACUCAGAUUCUCCACUGAGCUUUCUCUAGAGAAUGGAAUCGACCGCCUUAAAACUCGGUUCUCAGCUAUUAAUCGAACAUUUGGAUUUGAGUUGUCUCCUGGAUCUUCCUUUGAGUUAUCUUCACCGCCUGGGAACUAUAGGGAGAGCACAACACCUGUGAUGAGUGUUAACUCGGGUUCUACAACAAUGGAUGCGACUGUGGAUGAUGUGACUUUCUUGAAGGAUGAGUUUUUCAGUGGAGGUGAAACUUUCACCACUGAUGCCGUUGUUGGCAGUGAAGAUGAGAUUCUCUUGUAUCAAACAGCUCGGCUUGGUAAUUUCGCUUACAAGUUUCAGUCGUUGGAUCCUGGGGAUUACUUCAUCGACCUGCAUUUUGCUGAAAUCGAGUUCACUAAAGGUCCUGCGGGAGUUAGAGUUUUCGAUAUAUUUAUUCAAGAAGCGAAGGUUAUAUCCGGUCUUGAUUUGUUUUCCCAUGUAGGAGCAAAUACACCUCUUGUGAUAGCUGAUAUAAGGAUGCUCGUUGGUCUGGAAGGAGAGCUAUCUAUACGGUUAGAAGGAGUCACAGGAACCGCAAUUCUAUCUGGCAUUUCUAUUAGGAAGGAGGCAACAGCUACUUAUGUUGAAGACACUGGAAUGCUAGUAGUGAAAGGAAAAACUGACACUGUUCUGUCUCUGCCUCUUCAAGAAAAUGUAGACUGCAGGACGGAAGAAGAGACCCACGAGAUGAGUUAUGACUGCGAGCAUCAGAAGAAAGAGAUGGCAGAUAUGAAGAGAAUGGUUGACCAACUUAAACAAGAGAAUGAAAGAAAGAGUAGAGAAUGCGAAGAAGCAUUGAAUUCUCUCCGUGAGCUUCAAAAUGAGCUAAUGCGCAAGUCGAUGCAUGUUGGUUCUUUAGCCUUUGCUGUGGAAGGACAAGUCAAAGAAAAGAGCAGAUGGUUCUCUUCAUUAAGGGAUUUGACAAGAAAAUUGAAGAUUAUGAAAAUGGAGCAAAUUAAGCUGUUGGAGGAGGCAUCCACAUACAAAUUGCUAGUCCAAGAUAUCAACGAGUUCAGUUCUCACAUCCAGUCCAGAGUAAUGCAGGACGCAGAAUUGCAUGAAAAUCUCAAAGCAAAAUUUGUAGCUGGAGAAAAAGAGAGGAAGGAAUUAUACAAUAAGAUACUGGAGCUAAAAGGAAACAUCAGAGUCUUUUGCAGGUGUCGGCCCCUAAACUUUGAAGAAAUUGAAGCAGGAGCAUCAAUGGGAAUUGAUGUUGAGUCAACCAAAAAUGGAGAGGUCAUAGUCAUGUCAAAUGGGUUGCCCAAAAAAAGCUUCAAGUUCGAUUCUGUUUUUGCUCCUAGCGCUUCCCAAGCUGAUGUCUUCGAAGAUACUGCUCCUUUUGCUACGUCAGUCAUUGAUGGAUACAAUGUUUGCAUAUUCGCCUAUGGCCAGACUGGUACCGGGAAAACCUUUACCAUGGAAGGAACUCCAGAAAACCGUGGUGUAAAUUAUAGAACACUAAAAAAUCUGUUUGAGAUAACGAAAGAACGAGAAAACCGCUACAGUUAUGAGAUCUCGGUCAGUGUCUUGGAAGUUUACAACGAGCAAAUAAGAGAUUUGUUGGUCCCUGCUUCACAAAAUGCAUCUACAGCGAAAAGAUUUGAGAUAAGGCAAGUAAAUGAAGGGAACCACCACGUACCAGGAUUGGUUGAAGCACGAGUGACAAGCAUAGAGGAGGUUUGGGAUGUGUUGAAAACAGGAAGUAAUGCAAGGGCUGUAGGGAAAACGACGGCUAAUGAGCACAGCAGCCGAUCUCACUGCAUACACUGCGUCAUGGUAAAAGGGGAGAAUUUGUUGACUGGAGAAUGCACAAAAAGCAAACUAUGGUUAGUUGAUUUAGCAGGAAGCGAACGGGUUGCAAAGACAGAAGUGCAAGGAGAACGGCUCAAGGAGACUCAAAGCAUCAACAAAUCAUUAUCUGCUCUUGGUGAUGUCAUAUAUGCUCUUGCCAAUAAAAGCUCUCACAUUCCUUUCAGAAAUUCAAAGCUCACCCACUUACUUCAGGAUUCUCUAGGAGGAGAUUCGAAGACCCUCAUGUUUGUACAAAUCAGUCCUAACGAGAAAGACAACAGCGAAACGCUAUGCUCACUGAAUUUUGCUAGUAGAGUUAGAGGGAUAGAGCUGGGGCCUGCAAAGAAGCAGCUAGACAAUACUGAACUCUUGAAAUACAAGCAAAUGGUUGAGAAAUGGAAGCAAGAUAUGAAAGUAAAAGACGAACAGAUGAGGAAAAUGGAGGAAACGAUGUUCGGUUUAGAAGCGAAGGUCAAGGAACGAGACAUUAAGAACAAAACUCUUCAAGAAAAGGUUAAAGAACUUGAAUUGCAACUGCUAGUAGAGAGGAAGCUGGCUCGUCAACAUGUAGACACCAAGAUUGCUGAGUAUCAGACGAAACAACAGAACGGAGAUGAAAACAUCCCAUCAAAGAGGCCACCACUUGCAACCAUACCGUUGGGAAGCAACAAGAGCUCAAAUGAAACCUCAACUUCGAAAGAAAUGGUGAAUCUAAACCGACCGCCACUCUCAGAGAGCACCACCACCAGCAAUGAUCUACCGCCUUUACCUAACGGUUGCGUCAAGUACAACGACCUCAUGGAGAAGGAGAACAACAAUCCAGAAAUGGCUGAGCGGUUGCAAAUAUCCAAGAGUACAGGGAGAUUCUCCGUUUGUCCAAAGCGUAUUCUACCACCUCCAGCUCCAAGAAGGAGCACUCUUGCCCCUAUGCCAUACUUUCCAAUCACAUCAACUUCGCCAUCAAGGCCUCAUGAAAAGAGCGGCACUAGCCAGGUGCUACGCAUCAGCCCCAAGUUGCGUAAAAGCAACGGGAAGAUGCUGAGCAGCAUACUGAGACGGAGCAUGCAAAAGAGAAUGCAUAUGAAACCUUACCAGAGACAGCAGCCGUUGAGAAGAGUUGGCAUUAAUGUAGGAAUGGAGAAAGUUAGGUUGUCUAUAGGAAGCAGAGGAAGGUUAGCUCACAGAGUUUUGCUAACCAAUGCUCGCAAGGCAGGUCUAAAGGAAACACCACUGAAACAGAUACAGAAGGAGAAAGAGAGAUGGAUCUGACCCUAGGACAUAACUUCUCAUCCAGUUAGAAUUAUUCGAGGAUGAUUGACACUUUAUCAUCCUCAUGUGUUGUUUGUGGAUUUGAUUUGAUCCUACUGUAUAGAUGUAUUUGAUUGGCCCUUGUGAGUACAUUGGAAAUGAUUUUAUUGGGAGUCUAGUUGGUUUUCAUUAAGACAUAGACUCUAUUUUGUUAAACAUUUCAUAUAAGAAACAAAACUUCUCAGACA